AUGACAGAAGUUCAAGCUAAAGUUGGUAAAACAUCAGGUGACCUCGAGGCAAACAUUAGUGAAUGUCCUCUCUGCUUACACAGUCUCCAAUGUCCAAGGUCUUUACCAUGCUAUCAUGCCUUUUGUGAAGAAUGUCUGAAGACGUCGAUCCUUGGUCAAAGUCAGGAGGAACCCUCCUUCACUUGUCCUGUGUGCAGAGAGGUUACGUUACCUAUUGACCCAAAUCAGAACCGUGACGAGUGGGCUACCAUGUUUGUAGCCAACAAACUAACAAUCGAGAUAAAAUCAGAGAACGGGUCAGGAUGCAAAAGGUACAACUGUUAUCCAUGCAGUAAACAAGGGAAAGUUGAUUCUAUAGCAACGGUGUUGUGGAAAGAGACAAAUAAGUAUCUUUGCGACUCUUGUAAGAAAAACGAUCUGAUAUCUGAAGAUGUUACCCUACUGUCUAUUGAAGAUGACUUUCCUCCAACGACUGAGAUAUGUUCCCAACAUUCAGCAGUUGUAGAUGUAGUUUGUGACGACCAUCACAGCGUUUGUUGCCCAAAGUGUAUUGCUAUUGACCAUCGACGAUGUGACGCAGUUCACAAUUAA